AAUUUUUUCAAAAUCAACAAUCAAAUGAAAAAUUGAGACGACACCACACACUGCCGUUAGACGCCGCAUUAUCAGCUCAUCGCCACCGUAUCCGGAGUUUCUGAACACCUCCGCCGCUGCUCAAUCGUCCAGUCAAUCUCCCCCCAUCUGUAUCUGGUGUAGAUUGAAUUGUGUUAUACGGAGGAUUGAUUACUAUUGAAAUAUGUCAUUACUAAGUAGAUUCUUCUACAAAAGACCUCCAGAUGGUCUGCUCGAACUUUCAGACAGAGUAUACGUUUUUGAUUCCUGUUUCUCAACUGAAGUACUACCAGAGGAUAUAUACCGACUUUACUUGCACGAAAUCAUUAAUGAGUUACAUGAAGAAUUCCCAGAAUCCUCAUUUCUUGCAUUUAAUUUUCGAGAAGGAGAGAAGAGGAGCCAGUUUGCAGAGAUUUUAUGUGAAUAUGAUGUCACUGUUAUGGAUUAUCCAAGGCAGUAUGAGGGUUGCCCCUUGCUGCCGCUAUCUUUAAUUCAUCAUUUUCUUCGCGCGAGUGAGAGUUGGCUUUCUCUUGGGAAUUUCCAAAAUGUGGUGUUGCUCCAUUGUGAAAGAGGAGGUUGGCCACUGCUUGCUUUUGUUUUAUCUAGUUUCUUGGUUUUUAGGAAGUUGCAUAGUGGUGAAAGAAAGACUCUUGAAAUGGUUUAUCGCGAAGGUCCAAAAGGUUUGUUGCAGCUAUUAUCCCCGUUGAAUCCGUUUCCAUCUCAGCUUAGGUACCUCCAAUACAUAUCGAGAAGAAACAUAUCCCCCGAGUGGCCUCCACCUGAGAGGCCUCUAUCAUUAGACUGUAUCAUUCUUCGAUCAAUUCCAAGGUUUGAUAAUCAGAAAGGGUGCAGACCGAUUGUCCGUGUUUUCGGUAGAAAUCUCCUUAGUAAAGAUGGACUAUCAACCCAAAUGCUUUAUUCCAUGCAUAAGAAGGGCAGACAUGUUCGUCAUUAUCGCCAAAAAGAUAGUGAUGUCAUCAAGAUUGAUAUACAGUGUUUAGUGCAAGGGGAUGUGGUAUUGGAAUGCGUCCACUUUGACUUAGAUCCAGAAAGGGAAGUUAUGAUGUUCCGUAUUAUGUUCAAUACAGCUUUUAUUAGGUCUAAUAUAUUGAUGCUCAACUCUGAGAACUUGGAUAUUCUUUGGGACUCAAAGGCCAGGUUUCCUAAAGGCUUUAGGGCUGAGGUGCUAUUCGGAGAUGUUGAGAGCCGCUCCCCCCCCAAAGCUCAUACGCCAAUGUUGAAUGGAGAGGAGAAAGGUGGACUGCCCAUUGAAGCUUUUUCCAGGGUUCAAGAGUUUUUUAAUGGUGUGGAUUGGGUUGAUGGUAAUGAUGAUGCUGCAUUAUGGUUACUUAAGCAGUUAACUGUGUUGAAUGAUGUCAAGGAUUUGUCGAUGCUGAGGAGGAUGAGUGGUUAUUCAUCACCUCUUGAUUCUGAAGAAGAAAACAAUGCUUCCAGCAUUGCUGAUAGUCUUGAUUUACUGGACGCAGAGAAAGCCAUUGCACCCGACUUCAAUUUGCUGGAUGAUCGUACAUCUUUCGAUUUUACUUUAGAGGAUGCCUCUGAACUCAGGACCUAUGAUAAUCAAUUUAAGCCAAUAAGGUCGACCCCUGUUGAUCUUAUCCAAACUUUGACUACUGAUGACAUGCAGUUAGAUUCUCAUGCUAUUCGUGAAACUUCAAAGGAAAUGGAAAGUUCAGAUUCUGAACUUUUAACUUAUCUUCAGCCACCAUUGCAAACCUCCUCGUCUUCUGAUUCUGUUACAGGGCAUUCUCAACUAUCAAUCACUGAUAGCAAGGAACUUCCUUCAUCUUCUCCCACUGGUUCGUCUGAAGGGCUGCUACUGCCAGCUCCUUUUUCACAUGAUAUUUCUACGGACAUCCCCUCUCAUCCACCACCUCCACCACCUCCACCUCCACCUCCACUACCUCGUCUUCAUGCUCCAGCAAUAGAUCCACCUUCUCGUGGUUCAGCCACAAUCCCUCCUCCUCCUACAAAUAGUGGUUCAGUAGUUUCUCCACUUCCAACUCCCAAGCCAACAACAUCCCCGCCUCCUCCUCCACCACCACCUGCUAAUCCUUCCGGUGGUGUGUUAAUAGCAACUUCACCUCCAACACCACCUCCCCUGCCGCCACCUUCGAGUUGUGAUGUAUUAGCAGCUCCACCUCCACCUCCACCAUUGCUAGGACAUGGUUCAGCACCUGCUCCACCUCCACCCCCACCUCCGCCACUUCCUGGACGUAGUUCAACUCCACCUCCACCUCCACCUCCACCUCCACCUCCACCUCCACCUCCACCUCCGCUGCUUCCUGGGAAUGGUCCAACACAUGCUCCACCCCCACCUCCGCCCGCUCCUCCUCUACCUCCACAACUGCCUUCUCGUAGUUCAGGAGCAACUCCACCCCCACCUCCGCCACCUCCUCCAGGCCGUGGUUCAGCACCUGUCCCACCUCCGCCACCUCCUCCAAGCCGUGGUUCAGCACCUGUCCCACCUCCGCCACCUCCUCCAGGCCGUGGUUCAGCACCUCCGCCACCUCCGCCACCUCCUCCAGGCCGUGGUUCAGCACCUGUCCCACCUCCGCCACCUCCUCCAGGCCAUGGUUCAGCACCUGUCCCACCUCCACCACCUCCUCCAGGCCGUGGUUCAGCACCUGUCCCACCUCCACCACCUCCUCCAGGCCGUGGUUCAGCCCCAGCCCCACCUCCACCACCUCCUGGUCGUGGUUUAGCUCCUACCCCACCUCCACCACCUCCUGGCCGUGUUUUAGCUCCUGCCCCACCCCCACCACCUCCUGGACGUGGCUCAGCUCCUGCUCCUGCUCCACCUCCACCACCUACUGUUCCAGGUGCAGCACCUCCUCCACCUCCAGGUCAUGGUUUACGAUCUGCUCCUCCACCUCCUGGAGGAAAGAGCUCCAGCGUACCUCCACCUCCAGCUUUAGGAAGAGGCAGAGUUUUGCCCUCAGCGAAAGGAAGAAGUGCUAGUUCUUCAAUCCCCCCUAAAAAAACUUCCCUGAAGCCCUUACAUUGGGUGAAAGUUACUCGAGCAAUGCAAGGGAGCUUGUGGGCUGAUGCUCCAAAACAAGAUAGUCAGUCAAAGGCACCUGAAAUUGAUAUUUCUGAACUUGAGAGCCUUUUCUCAGUGGCAUCUGCUUCAGAUGGUGCUAACAAGGGUACAGGCGCACGUGGUUCCAAAAUAAAUAAGCCAGAAAAAGUGCAAUUGGUUGAUUUGCGUAGAGCCUAUAACUGUGAAAUCAUGCUCACGAAAAUUAAGAUACCCCUUCCAGAUAUGAAUAAUGCGAUCCUGGCUUUGGAUUCCUCUGCAUUGGACAUUGAUCAAGUUGAAAAUCUUAUAAAAUUCUGUCCUACUAAAGAGGAAAUGGAGACACUAAAGAAUUACAGCGGGGACAAGGAGAUGCUAGGAAAGUGCGAACAGUUUUUCCUGGAACUAAUGAAAGUUCCACGAGUUGAAUCCAAAUUAAGAGUAUUUGCUUUCACAAUAACUUUUAAUACUCAGGUGAAGGACCUAAAAGUUAACUUGCACACAAUCAAUGAUGCUGCUAGGGAGGUUAAGGAGUCUGUGAAGUUACGAAAAAUCAUGCAAACAAUCCUUACACUGGGAAAUGCACUAAACCAGGGUACAGCUAGAGGCUCUGCUAUUGGAUUCAAGUUGGAUAGUCUUCUUAAACUUUCUGAUACUCGUGCAAGAAAUAACAAAAUGACCUUAAUGCAUUACCUAUGUAAGAUCCUGUCUGAGAAGAUGCCAGAGUUGCUAGACUUCAGUAAGGAUCUUGGACAUUUGGAACCAGCAUCCAAGAUACAAUUAAAGACUCUGGCUGAAGAAAUGCAAGCUGUUAGCAAAGGCCUUGAGAAGGUUGAACAGGAACUAGCUGCAGCAGAGAAUGAUGGUGCUGUAUCCUCUGGCUUUCGGAAGGUGUUAACAAGUUUUCUCCAUAUUGCUGACGCGGAAGUUAGGUCACUUGUCAACCUUUACUCUGAAGUGGGGAGAAAUGCAGAUACGCUGUCAAAGUAUUUUGGCGAAGACCCAGCAAGAUGUCCCUUUGAGCAAGUGACUCAAACUCUAGCAGUCUUCACCAAGCUGUUCAAUAAGGCCCAUGAUGAAAAUGAGCAGCAGGCAGAAGCUGAAAAGAAGAAACUGGAGAAGGAAGCACUCAAGGAACAAGUAGCAACUAAUUCUCCUGCGUGGAAGGACUCGCCUGCAAGGAAAGAAGGCAUAGAUGCUCUUCGUGCAAAAAUAAACGCUCGUAAUCAGAAACAAGCUUCUUGAUGCGCGGACCAGCAGGUAUUGCUUUUGGUGUCAUCCCUUUCGUGCAAUAUCUCAACAUAUUGCUCUGUCGCGUUGGCAUCAAUGAGUUUAGCAUGCAUCCAAGGUUGAUUCAUCUCUCAGAUGAAUGAAUCGUGGGGUUUGACUGGCUCCGCACCGGGCUAUUGCUUGUUGGUAGGAGCAUUAUUUCCAAAUGUAGAAAUUGUACAUUGUUAUUGCUACAAUCUGCGUAGAGGAGGCAGAGAUUUUGGGAGGCAAUUCAAUUGUUUGAAUUCAAUUGGCAGAUAUAUAUAUAUCUACUUUUCUUGUACAUAAACUUAUCCCUUUUUUUUCUAAAGAGAAAUGUACGGAAUGGACAUGCUAUGCCAUGUCAUAUAGUGGAUCUAUAAGGAGUAUAUGUAAUGAAUUUGUUACUCAA